GUGUACAGAUGAUUUUGAAUUAUUUUGGUGUGAGUGCCGGGACAUUGGUUUUCUUCACAGUUAAACAUUUAAACAAGGUUAAACAUUGACCACUGAAUGUAAAUAAAAUCCUCCUGCUGACCUCACUAUAAAAAUGUCCCUCUGUCCAUUUGCUUCUGUGUGUUUGUUUUUUUCUUUUUUAAUCUCAGCUCAACUUGGAAUAAACAGCAUGGAGUGUAAACUGUGGUUGAAGUGGUUUAUGCUUGCAAUGAUAUGUCUUAUUGCAUGUGCUCCUUCCUCCAUGUCUGAAAGAGACAGCUUGUGUCCCAAAGGGAAUCUAAACAUUACUGGAGGGACCUUUGUUCUUUCUAACAGCUAUUCACAUGGAAGUCUGCUUCGAUACAUCUGUCCAAAUGGAUAUUACCCAUCAGUUCAGUCACGUCGUUGUCAGUACGGACUCUGGACCUCAAAGACCAAAAUCAGAAAAACCCCAGAGUGCAAAAGUAAGAAACAAGGCAUUAUUUGUCCACAUCCUCGUGUUUUUGAGAAUGGAAAGGUGAUUCCAUAUAAAGCCAAGUACUAUGUAAAUGAUACAACCACGUACUCAUGUCAUUCUGAUUAUACGUUCCGUGGCUCAGCGGUCCGUGUUUGCAAGCCUAAUGGGAAGUGGAGUGGAAGCACACCAAUUUGUGGACUUGACUCUGAUCACUGUCCUGAUCCUGGUGUUCCUCCUGGUAGCAGCCGAACAGGGAACAUAUUUAACAAAGACAACAAAGUCACGUACCACUGCGAGAGUCCAUUGACCUUGAUUGGUUCUAAAGUGCGAGUGUGUCUGGAUGGUGGCCAGUGGUCAGGAACAGAGCCACAGUGUUACGCUGAUUUCACAUACGACACCCCAGAGGAAGCAUCAGAAGCUUUCAGCGGUUCUCUAAAGUCAAAUCUAGCGAUUUCUCAACAGUAUGAAAAAGAAGAGCAGCGGGGGAAGAAAAUAACUUUGGAUCAAGGAGGAAAACUUGAUAUUUACAUUGCUGUGGAUGCAUCUGACAGCAUAGAUGAGAAGGAUUUUCACAAUGCAAAAACCACCAUUAAAUUACUUAUAGACAAGAUUAGUUAUUACCCGGUUUCCCCAAACUAUGAGAUCCUGAUAUUUGCUACAGAUGUUACACCAAUAAUCAAAAUGAAACACUUCAAAAUGCGAAAACCAAGCCUAUUGGAUAUUUUUAAAGAUAUGGACGAUUUUACUUAUGAGAGUAGAGGUGAAAAAACAGGUACCAAUAUCGCCAAAGCCUAUUCAAGCAUUCACGAAAGCAUGCAAAUAGAGGAGCUCAACAAUGCAACGGCCUUCAGUGAGACCCAACACAUCAUCAUAUUGUUCACUGAUGGUCAGGCAAACAUGGGGGGGAAUCCCAAACGUAAAGUGGACCAGAUCAAACGUUUUGUCACAGAAAAGGAUCCAAAGCGGGAGAGGAAUCUUGAUCUUUAUGUAUUUGGAGUUGGAGAUGACGUGAAUCAAGAAUACAUAAAUGGCUUAGUGUCACAGAGGGACCAAGAAAAAUAUUUCUUUAAGCUUCAAGACUUGACAAAGAUUCAGGAGAUGUUUGACGACAUGAUUGAUGAGAGCACCAGUGUAGGAUUGUGUGGGAUUGUGUGGGAAGGCUUGGAAAAUAAACGCCGUGCAGCAUUUCCCUGGUUGGCACAGAUUAAUGUUGCUCAUCCUCCAAAAAGUUCCAAUUGCAUGGGGUCAUUAGUUUCCUCAAGUUACAUCUUGACAGCGGCUCACUGCUUCAAAGAGGGAGACACACCUGAUAAGAUAAUAGUUAAACUGGAAAAAGGCCUGGUUGUAAAAGUAAAAAAAUAUGUAAUUCAUCCUGACUUUGACCUCACCGCAAAACAGGAAUUGGGAAUACAGGAAUAUUAUGAAUUUAAUGUAGCUCUUAUACAGCUGGAAAAACCUGUUGAUCUCAGUUCUAAUCUACGACCGAUCUGCAUCCCAUGCACCAAAGAAACCAAUGCAGCUCUGAAACUUUCAGAAACUGAAGGGACGUGCAGAAGACAUGAGGAAAUACUAAUGAGCAACGAGCUUGUGGAAGCUGCUUUCACGUCUGAUAUGGAUACUGACAACAGUCCAAAAACAAUAAAAAGCAUCACAUUCAAGCUUGGAAAAUAUAGGGAUGCUUGUGUUGAAGAUGCUACAAAAGCAAAAGGAAUCGAUGUGAAAAAUGCCAGGGAAGCAGUUACAGACAAUUUUCUGUGCAGUGGUGGUACUGAACCAACAACAGAUGAUGUAGCCUGCAAAGGAGAUUCAGGUGGGGCCUCUUAUGUGAAUAAAAAAGGUCGAGUGAUUCAGGUUGGUGUCUUAAGCUGGGGAGUGAAGGACAUCUGCAAGAAUAAAAGGAGAUUCACUUCGGAUGCAGACUCCAGAGAUUACCAUUCAAAUCUUUUCAGUGAGAAGAUACGCUUUUUCCUUAAAGAACACCUAGAAAAUGACCGUAUAGGUCACCCUCUUACAUUCUUGUGAAUGUUUUAGCAGACUGAAACUGUGUGAAGUUUGAUAAAACAUUGAUUUAUUUUCCGAUGAAUAUAUUACAUUUUAAGCCAAAUAGCUGGUCUUUGUUUAAAAAAAAAAAUAAAAAUCCAGUUUAUUAUCAACUGUCUGUUCUGUAUAUUCAACCACUGGCAGGCAGGGGAGUUUCAUUAUUGUUGCAAUUUCACAACUUAUUUCUGUCUAUCUUGAGAAUGAUAAUAAAAGCUUAACAGUAUGUCGCUAAAUCAGCUGUUUUAGGGCUGAAGUAUAAUGAGGAAUAUGAAGAUUACUUCCUACAUGCUGUGGUAUUGAUCAGACAAGCCAUAAACCAUUGCCAUGUUAAAAUGUAUUCCAAACACACUUGUCACAGUUUUUUCUCAGAUCAGAAAUGAAAUUCUCAAAAUUACUUGUUCAGCCUCCACAUCAUCUAGUCAUUUGUGCACAUCAUAAAAGCAGUUUCUCAUUCUUUUGAACAAAUUGCGAUUGCUUUGGUGCAUUCAUGCAACUGAUUAUGUACAUUUGUCUGCGGUUUCCUACAAUUUCAGUUGGAAAUAUCAUGUUGCUCAAAAUGUAUUAUAUAAUUCUCUGUGCUAUAGUCUUACCCCUCGAAACAUCUAGUCAUUAGUUCAUCGUAUAAGUCUUUAAAUGCAAAAUGGUUGAUCUCGUUGUCAUAAACUGUCAAACAUCUUUUCUACACAUUUCUAUUAGACUUUUUGUAAAUUUGCCAUGAAUUGUGCAAGUGAAUCUUGACUUUCACUAAUGAAGAGAAUAUAGAUCAACCAAUUAUAAACCAGUUCUCUGAAAUAGCUCAAAGGUGCAUCUCAUGAAUCUUCAAUUGGAAAGCAUAUAGACAGAGGACAACACAAGAGUUACAAAUUCUGACAAUGGAUGAACAUCCAGAAAACAAACAAGGUCAACAGCCGAGAGGAAGAGGAGUAAGGAUUCAUGGUGGAAGGGUACAGAGACAAAACAGAGGAAGAGGCAGAAGAGGCCAAGAACAGAGGUCAGCUGAAAUAAGGGCCACUAUUGUGGACCAUGUUGUCAAUCAUGGCCUUACAAUGGCUGAAGUGUGCAGCUAAAUAUUGGGAGAUCAACUAUAUCCUCAAUAAUUCAAACAUUUCGAAACAGUCUCUUUCAAUCAAUAUCCCACAUACAGUAAUGUGUAAAUUUGUUCUUUUGAAAUGCAUAUAUGGCAUACAUAAGAAGUGCUGCCUUCUGCAGUCAUCCAAACUGUUGCCAUCAGGUAACACUAACAGAGUGCACUGUUAUAUUGACAAUAUGACGAAGCAUUUUGACUAUCUUGUUUGUGAACAAUGAGA